GGGCGGAGGAGCCGGGUGGCGGCGGCUGUGGCGGCGGCAGCGGGGAGGACAGAGCUCGCGUCCUUCUGCGGCGCCCAUGGGGACAGGACGACUUUAAAGGAGUUUGGGGGGGUUCUGGCGCUGGGCGACCACGGAUCCGGCGAUUCCUGCCCUCGCCUCGCCCUGUCAUUGAUGGGAAAUCAACUGGAUCGCAUCACCCACCUGAAUUACAGCGAGCUGCCGACCGGGGACCCCUCGGGGAUCGAGAAGGACGAGCUACGCGUCGGGGUGGCUUACUUCUUUUCGGAUGAGGAGGAGGACCUGGACGAGCGAGGCCAGCCAGACAAGUACGGCGUGAAGGGCUCCGGCAGCCCUGGCCAGGAGACGCCCACCCACCACCUCCACCACCAGCUGGUGCUGAACGAGACCCAGUUCUCCGCUUUCCGCGGCCAGGAAUGCAUCUUCUCCAAGGUCAGCAGCGGCCCCCAGGCUGGGGACCUCAGCGUCUACUCGGUGUCAGCCCUGCCUGCCCUAUGCAAGCCGGGGGACCUGCUGGAGCUGCUCUACCUGGGGCCGUCGGAGCACCCUCCGCCGCACUGGGCGGUGUACGUGGGCGGCGGGCAGAUCAUCCACCUGCACCAGGGGCAGAUCCGCCAGGACAGCUUGUACGAGGCGGCCGCGGGCAACGUGGGCCGGGUGGUGAAUAGCUGGUACCGCUUCCGCCCGCUGGUGGCGGAGCUGGUGGUGCAGAACGCCUGCGGGCACCUGGGCUUAAAAAGCGACGAGAUCUGCUGGACUAACUCCGAGAGCUUCGCCGCCUGGUGCCGCUUCGGGAAACGGGAGUUCAAAGCCGGGGGGGAGCUGCAGGCGGCUGCCGGCACCCAGCACCAGCAGCAGUACUAUCUCAAGAUCCACUUGGCAGAGAACAAGGUGCACACGGUGAGGUUCCACAGCCUGGAGGAUCUAAUACGUGAGAAGCGCAGGAUCGAUGCCAGUGGCAAACUGAGAGUGAUCAAAGACCUGGCUAUAGUGGAUGGGAAAGAAUAGGGAGGAGCAGGAGUACAUGGCUAUCUUCUUUCUGCCCUGCCCGGGGAGACCAGCCUGCCACAGAGACAGGAGGCUGCACCUUCCUUCCAUGGGACACGACUGGAAGCAGGAUCCAUGGCAACAUUCCAAAAAAAACCAGCAUUCUUUAUGCCCAUAGCCAGUAUUUUGUUUGGCUUUUAAUAGCAUUAAUGCUGAAAGAGCGAGAGGGAGGAAGAAAAGGGGGGAGGUGCAGGAAGGCUGUUCUCAGAGUACAUGGACGGAGUCUCUCCUGUCGAUUGAUGUUGACCAUGCUAGCAACAUGCCAAUAAAAUUUCAAAUUGAAAUUUC